AAAGGACGCAAACUUCCCGCCAUUUUGUUCAGCUCACCGCGCAACGGGUCCCUGCUGGGGACUACAAGUCCCGUGAGCCUCCGCGGCGCACGUCCUACCCCACACUGUCAAGCCCGUUCCCUAUUUCCCCCUCCCCGGGGGCCGAAGGCUCCGGCUGCUGCCUGGCGGCCAACGGGCCAGGUAGGAUUUCCGGGAGAGGCUGCUGUGGAGGCUGCGGAGGCGGCGGCGGAGACCUCGAAGCAAUAUCUCACCACCCUAAACUGGUUAAUAGUGGCAUGGAAGAUCCAUUUGAGGAAGCAGACCAGCCCGCUACAGAGCCAGGCAUGGUCAUGGACAGUGUGGAAGCAGGAGAUACAACACCUCCUACCAAAAGGAAGAGCAAGUUCUCAGGCUUUGGCAAGAUCUUCAAACCCUGGAAAUGGAGAAAAAAAAAAAGUAGUGAUAAAUUUAAAGAGACUUCAGAAGUUUUAGAACGGAAAAUAUCUAUGCGAAAACCAAGAGAAGAGCUGGUUAAAAGAGGGGUUCUGUUGGAAGACCCUGAGCAAGGUGAUGAGGAUCCAGGAAAGCCAAGCCAUGCCAUGUUAAAGAAUGGCCAUACCACCCCCAUAGGGAGUGCCAGAUCAUCUAGUCCAGUCCAAGUAGAGGAAGAGCCAGUAAGAUUAGCAAGUCUUAGGAAACCUAUUCCAGAAGAGGACUUAAAGAAACGGCUAGGCUCAACUGGAAGCCAGCCUAAUUCUGAAGCAGAGUCUAUUCCUGAGAAUGUACCCAAACAGCCUUUACUUCCUCCCAAAAGACCCUUGUCCGCUUCUCAUGAAGCAAAUGAAGGGCAAGCAAAGGAUUCUACUUCCUCUGGCAGCACGGCAAGGUUCAUCAUCUCCACUUCCAUCACCACAGCACCCACUGCCACCACUGCUGCCACAAGCCUCGCAAAGACUGUUAAUCUCUCUGCCACGCCUUCCCCAGCACCAAGGACUCUGCCUGCUGCUCCUGCCAGCACUAACACUACUGCUACCCCAAGCCUCACUCAUAUGAUCCCUGCCAAGCAGCCCCCUAUCCCUCCCCCUAAACCAGCUCACAGAAAUAGCAACCCUGUCAUUGCUGAACUGUCCCAAGCAAUAAACAGUGGUACAUUGUUAUCAAAACCAUCCCCACCAUUACCACCCAAGAGAGGCAUUCCAUCCACCUCAGUACCCACCUUGGAGUCUGCUGCUGCCAUCACCACCAAAACACCAAGUGAUCAAAGAGAGAAAAGCAUGUGUUCUGUGGGCUCUGAACCGCUGCCAGUGAUCCCACCUUGCUCUCCAUCCCCACCAUUGCCUACUCAUAUACCUCCAGAGCCUCCACGCACCCCUCCAUUUCCUGCUUCGACUUUUCAAGUUGUACCAGAAAUUGAGUUUCCACCAUCUUUAGAUCUGCCCCAGGAGAUUCUCCAGCAGGAAGAUCAGAAAAAGGAAGUCCCCAAGAGGAUAUUGGACCAGAACUUUGGGGAGCCCCAUUUACCCUCCAGGCUGCCUCCACUCCCACUGCAUAUUCGAAUCCAGCAGGCCCUCACUAGCCCCCUUCCCAUGACUCCUCCUCUGGAGGGCUCUCACAGAGCUCAUUCCUUGCUCUUUGAAAACAGUGACAGCUUUUCUGAGGACAGCAGUACACUGGGUCGGACCAGGUCUCUUCCCAUCACUAUUGAAAUGCUGAAAGUUCCAGACGAUGAAGAAGAGGAGGAGCAAACCUGUCCAUCCACAUUCAGUGAAGACAUGACAUCUACCUCAGUCAUUCCUAAACUACCACGGUGUCUACAGGAGGAAGAAGAGAAGGAGAGUGACUCUGAUUCAGAAGGUCCCAUUCAGUACCGAGAUGAAGAGGAUGAAGAUGAAAGUCAUCAGAGUGCUCUGGCCAACAAAGUGAAGAGGAAAGACACACUGGCAAUGAAGUUGAACCACAGACCCAGUGAACCAGAGUUGAACCUGAAUUCUUGGCCUUGUAAAAGCAAGGAAGAGUGGAAUGAAAUACGGCACCAGAUUGGAAACACACUGAUCCGGCGACUGAGUCAAAGACCAACACCAGAAGAACUAGAACAACGCAAUAUAUUGCAACCUAAAAAUGAAGCUGAUCGUCAGGCAGAAAAACGAGAGAUUAAACGUCGGCUCACUAGAAAGCUCAGUCAAAGGCCAACUGUGGCUGAACUCCUUGCCAGGAAGAUUCUGAGGUUUAAUGAAUAUGUAGAGGUAACAGAUGCUCAAGAUUAUGACCGGCGAGCUGACAAACCUUGGACCAAACUGACCCCUGCUGACAAGGCUGCCAUAAGAAAAGAAUUAAAUGAAUUUAAAAGCUCUGAGAUGGAGGUUCAUGAAGAAAGCAAACAUUUUACACGCUACCAUCGUCCAUGAUGCCGAAGGUUGAGAGAGGAACUCAACAUGGCUGCUUUGCUGCUCCUUCUCCAGAGUGACAUAUGGAGGAAACUUGAGCACUUCCCGGCACAGCCAGAAUUGCAUCCUCUGGGAUCUUCUGGGGUGGACAGCACUUCUUUGAAUGUAGCAUUUCACUGGAACAGAUUCUUAUGGGCUGCAUCUGGGGCAAAAUAACACUUUCUCAGUGCUUUUGAACCUUUCAA